AUGGCGGGGCCGGGGGAGCCCGGAGGCGGCGCCGGGCGCGCAGCUACGCCCCGGAGCCCCUCGGCAUGCGAGCCGGCGGGCGCCCGGGGAGGGCGCGGCCUGGCCCCGCACGGCUCGGCGGUGACGGCGGCGGCUCGGACGGCGCCGGCGCCGGCCACAUCCCACGGCGGCGGCGGCGGCGGCGGCGGCGGCUGCGCGGCUCCUGCUCGGCUCCUGCUGCUGCAGCUGCUCCCCAGCGGAAAGGGGCGGGCGGCGGCGGCGCCUCCCCCUGUCCCCCGCCUCCCGCCUCCCGCGCCCAGUCCCUCUCCCGCUCCCUCUCCCGGGCCGCCGCCUCCUCAGCGCCGCGCGCGUCUCCCAUCAGACUCCCCGCCCCCAGUGCAGCGCCGCGCGGGCGGCGGGGCGGCGGCGGCCAAAACGAGGCCGGGCCCUUUGGCGCGCGUCGGAGCCUGCGCGGUGCCGAGCCCAUUUAGCGGUGGCACCGAAGCCGAGCGCUGCCUCGGGGCGAGGGCGCCGGGGGCUGAGGCUCCUGAGGGCCGGACAGGCUCGCAGCCGUUAUUGGGCCGGGUUGCUUCCGGACCGGGAGGCACGGCCGAGGCGCGCGGAGUUGCUCGCUGUCCCCGCUGGGAGCGCAGCCCAAAGACCCUAAUGACUUCUUACUGUUCCGACGGCAGCUUUCUAUCCAGAGGAAACGUACACAAUAAACCUUCCCUGGAGAAGGGGUUCUGGAUCUCACAAAGCACCACCAAGAUAGAUAUCUCAAGCACAUUUGAAGAGCUCACGUUUCCUAAGUAAGACAGCAGCAGCAAGACGGCAAUCAUUUCUGCGGAGACAGUAUCAUCAUAAUGCAAUAUUAGCUACUGUGAUCUUUUAUCAUUUCCUUCCUGGAGAGUUAUGACUGUGGCAUUGAGGAUUUAAGACCUACAGCCCGAACACUACUUACUACAAAUCUCUCACAAAGCUACUGCCAUAAAUCUCAAAAGAGGAAAUUCAUUGCAUAAAAAAUCCCCAACUCCAGGGAACUAGCCAUUUAUUUUCCUAGAAAAGAAGGGCUGAGCUGAGAGACAUUCCGUACUCCUUUAACUCCAUGGAACAGAACCCAACAAAGAAUUCAUCAUGGAAAACUGAGUGAUGGGCCCAAUGAGAGAAGCCGGGGAAGGAAGAUGGAAAGAGGAGCACCUCCACCCAAACCCUGCUCGGGGAUUUCCCCUUAGCCUGAGGAUUGGCUCUACAUGAAGGUGUAGCGCAUGAAGACAAAUUACCUUCGGAGAGAUACGACGACAGUGGUCAAAACCUGGGCUCAAUCUCCUCCACAGACUUGUUUUGUUUGCAUAGUGUUUAACAAUGUUUUCAUUUAGCUCCCCACAUUUAAAAAUGGAAAAUUUCAUGGAGAAAGAUCAAAUCCAGAUAUCUGGUGUCUCUCAACAAAUUGGAAUAUCUGAUAUCAGCAGGGCCGUCAGGGAGAGAAGCAGAAAGGGGAGCAUUUGCUAUCCUCUUUGAAGAGCCCAUGCGCACACUCUUUCUCUUGUGACUGCUUGGCAGCUUGGAUCCCAAGGAGUCCGUAGAGGUUUCCGGCAUCUCCUGACAUCUUGGAACCAAGGAUACUACUUAAAUGCACAUGUUUCUUCACCAAAUUUGAACGGCAAAACCCUAUGUAUCUUAAAUACCAAGUAAGAAGUAAGUGAAGAUUCCUAAUUGGUUAACAAAGUUUGUAAGAAAAAAAAAUGGGUCUAGUCAAGAGAGAACACAGACCUGCCUUCAGCUGCUUCUAUUCUCUAAAAUGGAAAAUGCAGCAUCUUUGAGAAAAUAAGAAAACACAGGUUCUCUGUCUUACA